CCGCGGCUUUUUAGGGCGGAUGCGAACCGCGCUGCUCUUCCUCCUUUUUUUCCCCCUCCGCUGCUGGGAUGUAAAGCGAGGGCUUGCUGAGAAAAGGAGCGUGCUCGGAGCUGUGGGAAAGGCUGGCGAGGGUCGCUCUCCAGCCCCAGAGCCGGUGUGUCCGGCAGCAGCGGGUCACAGCCAGGAAGAAAGAAGUGAAGAACGAAAUAGAAAUGUGAGUGGCAGUAUGGCAGACAGAGCAGAAGACUACCUUGAAUCAUUGCUCAUUGAUGCCUUUAAAGGGAAGGGGUUUCAAAAAAUACACGAACUGCUGCAAGAGAAGGAAGUAGAGCCUCCCCAGAAAUACAGUGAAUCUCUCUUUAACCAGCUGGACAAAGCACUGAGAAAGGAGCUGGACAAGAAUGAAUUCAAGAAUGUUUCAUUGCUGCUGAAAUGUAUUCAGCUCUACCUUAAAAGUGAUCUUCAAGAAGGGAAGAGCUUGUUUAUUGAGCAAGGACUGGUAGCAAAGCUGGUAUCUUGGUUUGAAAGAGCAAGAGCAUUUGUGACUAUCAUCAACCCAAAUGAGAAUAAAUUUUUGAUGUUACUGCUUGAAGACUUCUUUGAUUCUGCAUUGGUGAUUUGCAAAUGCAGUAAUGAAGGGAAGAAAGAGCUAGUGAAUUUAUUUUUGCCUGAACUAGGGCGCCUAGUGACAGAAGCAAAUCUUUGCUGUGCUCUGCAUCUGGAGGCCUUGAGGACCCUCAAUUCUAUCCUUGACAGUCUCCCAAGGGAGGAGAGGAAGAAGUUCCCUCUCUCUGAGGAGAUAUGCUCACUCACGAAAGACCUGGCAAAAACUAUAUUGGAGGUUGGUGAUUAUGAUCUUCAGGUUGCCCUUUCAGAAGCACUUUGUAGGUUAAUGAUAAAAAAAUGGAGAGAUGACCUUGUUCAUCACUGGUUUGAAGAUAACUAUCUUGCUGAAGCUUUCAAAGAGAUCAAGGAUCGAGAAUUUGAGACGGACUGCAGAAAAUUUCUUAAUCUACUAAAUGAAAGGCUUGGAGAUAAAAGAAGGGUCUACUCAUUUCCUUGCAUAUCUGCUUAUGCUGAAACGAAUGAGGUGAAGAAGCCAUCGGAUGAGAAACUGGAGGAGUUUUGGAUUGACUUUAAUGCUGGCAGCCAGAGUGUAACUUUCUAUGUGGAUUGUGAUGAGGGAACUCUUUGGGACUCUGUGAGGCUGUCAAAAGAAAAUGUCAACAGUUACAGUGUGAAGGAGAAAGAUAGACAAAAGAUUGUUAAAUUUUUUAUGAAGAUACCUGCAGCUCUUAACAAAACAGAAGCAACAAAAGUCAAACUGGUUUUCAGUGCUGAAUUUGAAAUAUUAAGUGUACUUAGAAAAGUCCUGGGAGAUGAAAGACUGAUGAUAGUUGAGUCUGAAGAGGAGAUUGUCCUUUCUGGGAAGGAAGCCAUGCAGAAUGAAGAAACACCUGUGCUCUCUAACACACAGAGGUGGAAAAAUCCUUCAAACUCUGACAGUGUGGAGACUCAAAAAGACAACUUAACCUCUCAGCACAGACAGCAGUUAACAGGGACUGUAGCAAAAAUGGUCAGCUCUGGUGUUGCCAUGGUUACAGUGAGCCAGCAGACUGAGCUGGAAGAUGCUAACCAAGGAAAAAACUCCAAAAGUCCAUCUUCAGGGAUGAAAGCUAAGCCUAGUGAGAAUCCCCUAGAAGAAGAACCCAUGGAUGAACAGAUACCAAAGAUCCUGCAACUCCCUCCUUUUCCAAAGGAUGUUACCACCAAAAAGAGAAACAGGAAUACAAGUUUGGCCAAGAAGAGAGCUGAAGACAGGAAGGAAGUCUAUGACUUUGAAAACUCAGACUCCUCAAGUCGUGAAAAGGUUGCUGAAGCCAAAGGAAAGGUUCUUGCCCAGAGAACUUCUUCACAAACUCUGAGGACUUAUGAAACAAGAAGCAAGAGCAAGGAAUUAAGCAGUCUUGAGAGAAGGCAGUCCAGUUACAGGAAACACCUUUUCUCUGAAAGUAACAAUGAAAAUACAAGCCCUGGUCAGAGUGAGAAAAGCUGGAUCCUUGACUCUCAGAUCCAGUCAGUGCCAAAAUCUGUUGGCUAUACCCGAAAAAGACCCAGAGUGAGAAGUAAAUUAAAAGUUCUUCCAGUAUCUUCUGCAAGUAGUGGCAGCGACUACGAGUCAAAGAAGGAGGGAGAAUCCAGGCAAAGAGCUCCAAAGGAGACGCUAAGGAGAAAAAGGACAUUUAGUGCCACGGGAGAUGAUUUACCUACAGUGAAUCUUGCUGAUGAAACUCUCCCAGAUGAUCUUGGAGGGAGCCCACUGCUACUUGGCGUGUCUAUCAGGAGCCCUCCCAGUGAUGUGGAGAAAACCACACAGAAGGUUCAUGGUACACCAGGCGAAUUAUCAAGAGUGGAAGAAAGUAGCAAACAGAAGGACUCAGAUAUACUGAGUGGCACUAUCGUAAAAAAGCUUAAAUUUUCUAGUUUGGAGGAAAAUCACUUGCCCUCUGAGAUUAACCAUAUACCAAAGAAAAUUUCUGAUUCGGUAGAAGAGGAAGUGGACAUCCAGAAAGGUCAGGAAAUGGAUGAUAGCCUAGAUGAUGUGUUUUUUUCCAAGAUGCUCCAUGAAGACUUGAGUGAUUCAGGAGUGAUCUUUGCCUUUGAAAGCUUUAUUGGCCAACUGAAGAAAUUGUUCUGGUCCCGGUACAAAAGGAUUGAGAUCAACACACAGAAUGCCCUGAGAUCUUCAGAAAAGAACUUGUCUGCCCUGCUGAACCAGAUACAUAAGUGCAGGCUGAAUAAACUUGAGACCUUCCGGAAGAUUGUUGUUGAUGAGCUUGCCAGCCUUGAGAAGGAAACUCAAAUUCUGGCAGUCAUGGAGAAGGAUGCACUGGAUUUCUGGAAUGCGCAGAUUAUCAAACUGAAUACAUUCUACAACCAGCAAAAGGAAAGAAUUGAAUCUGUUGACUCAGCCCUGGGUGAAACACCAAGGAGUUUUGCCAUUGCUGUCCAGAAUACAACGCAUGUGCACUCGGUGAACAAGGAAGAAGAAAACGUGUUCAUUGUUCCUUCUGACUAGCAAACCCCUGAACUCAUUAUUGCUCAUGGCAUUUGAGCACUUUGUGUGCAGCAUAGAGAAGAUGGUUCUGUUAAGGAUGUUAGUCUAUCUUAAAUGAAAAGAAAAAAGGAGGAAAAAGCAUUAUGUUGAGCCUUUUUUUGGCCUAAAAAGAAUAUAUAAUGCUAAGUGGUCCAGUUGCGACCCCUGUGUUAAUAAAAAGUUUUUUCUGAAAAA